AUGUCCACGCCACCGCUGUCAUCAUCAGGUCGGCCAGCACCCGGCAGCAGUAUCAGGUCUUCGCCGCCUGCCAAUCAUAUCAUCCCCGUGCUCCUUCUCAAGACUCAAUCUCAGCCUCACGACUCUUACCAUGACUAUUUCUCCACCUCACCUCCAGCACCGUCGGCAAGCAUCAGAACCCCCGCCGGUCUAGGCGAGCAGGACAACAGUAAUGUCUCAUCACCACCAUCCUCUUCUCCCCCGUCGUUGGAGGGUCGUACCUCCAUCGCCGUCGCCGUUCGCGCCACCACCUUCAAAUCGAACACCCUUCGCUUUCAAACCCUGUUUGUCCCCGUCUUGGUACACCGUCCCAACACCCAGAAUCUCGAUCUCCUGGAAGAUCUACUACGUAGCGAACAGCUAGCUCAGAAGUACGGGGGCAUGAUCUUUACGAGUCAGCGGGCCGUUGAAGCGUGGUCCGAGGUGGUCAAGAGAGUAGAGGGUCAUUCAGAGCUAGGCGAGCAUGACGGAGCAGAUGCUGCUUCUUCAACCUGCGCUAUAGGUGUAGGUCGGCCUGUCCAACAUCCUGAGACGAGAACAACCUCGCAGGACUCUCCAACCAGGACCCAGCAGCAGAAACCACCACCGCCCCUCAAUGGCUCCCCUCAAGGUUCAGAAGUAGAUGACGACUCCAUCUUCCCCUUGUACUCCGUAGGUCCAGCAACAUCUCGUGCGCUGAACACGCUGGUACUAGCGUCGCAGUCCUCCUGCUCCUCCUCGCCAUUCUCCCGCCUACGACCAAGUGUCCUGGGAGAACACACGGGCAACGGCGCGAAUCUAGCUGAAUACAUGCUUUCACACUACAACGGACUACAUUCUCGAAAACCACACACCCCUUGCACACCUAGCAACGAGCAGCUCGACCUCGAGGCCCCACUGCCCGACAAGAGAGGCCUCCUAUUCCUAGUUGGCGAGCAGCGACGAGACAUCAUCCCAAAAACGCUAACGGAUGAAGAAGGUAAGUUGUCCCCCAGCGAGAGAAUCGCAGUCCACGAAGUCGAGGUCUACGCCACGGGCACCAUGGACUCGUUCCAGCAUGAUUUCAGUACACACGUCAAUUCAUAUAGGAACGCUGGCCGAAGUCUCAUCGUCGUCGUCGUUUUCUCGCCGCAGGGAUGCGAAGCAAUGCUCCAUUCUCUCGGGUAUAUCGAUGACCAGCGACGGCUGACGCGGGCUGCGAGGGAGAGAUGGCACUUUCAGCAGCCUCCGCCUCCUUCGGGCAAUCAGAGUCAUGUGAGUGGUACUGGUGACGACAACGACGACAACAUCGUAGCAGCAACAGCAGCGCCGUUCAACGUCAUCAUCGCAACCAUCGGUCCCACGACGAGAGACUAUCUGAAGGACCAAUUCGGCUUUGAAGCCGACGUAUGUGCCGCAAAACCCUCUCCGCAGGGUGUGCAAGACGGUGUCCUGGCGUUCCUUCUCGAGAAAAGGCUGGUCUGA